AUGGUAUUUUUUGUUGUUUUGCAAGUUGACAUUGUGGUUUUAACAGUUGUUUCUGGUUCGUUUCAGUUGGUGUUGUUUUGCAAGUUGACAUUGCAAGUUGAUAUUCAUACAUUUUGUGAAGUUGUAAGCAACCAUGUCAAGACCCCCAAUACUCAUCAAGGACUUGGAGAAAGGGAAACAGAUCGAGCCGUCAACAUGGACCACAGAUCGAGCUAG